CGUCCUGUGACCCGGCCACAUGUUGAUGGAUGAAAUGUCAGACACUCAGCGAGCGCUGCAGGUGAUGGAGGCCUGUUCCGAAGGGGUCAAGGGUCACGCAGAGAAGCUACUCAACAUCUUCCAGAGUGACCUGUUUCAGGCAUUGCUUGACAUUCAGGAAUUCUACGAGCUGACCGUGUGUGAAAGCCAAGCGACGAGCCCCCUGCAUACACCUGUCCAGAAGUAUCGUUACUAUGACGAUGACCAACCAAGCCCUGGAAACGUGACUGACGGACACGCCCCCGAGUUGACGCGCACACACCUGGACUCGCUCACACAACCGGCUGCACUAACUAUGAACGGAUCUGAAGGAGAGCUGGAGUAUGAAGAGAUCACGUUGGAGAGGGGAAACUCUGGGCUGGGAUUCAGUAUCGCAGGAGGAACUGACAAUCCUCACAUUGGAGAUGAUCCAUCAAUAUUCAUCACCAAAAUAAUUCCUGGAGGAGCUGCUGCUCAGGAUGGACGUCUCAGGGUGAACGACAGCAUCGUGUUUGUCAACGAUGUGGACGUCCGGGAGGUUACUCACUCUGUGGCUGUCGAGGCCCUGAAAGAGGCGGGGCCUGUUGUCCGGCUUUAUGUACUUCGGCGGCGACCACCGAGCGAACAUGUCACAAAGAUCAAACUGAUGAAAGGACCCAAAGGUCUGGGGUUCAGCAUCGCCGGUGGUAUCGGAAACCAGCACGUCCCGGGAGACAACAGCAUCUACGUCACCAAGAUCAUUGAGGGCGGGGCGGCUCAACGGGACGGGCGGCUUCAGAUCGGCGACAAGAUCCUGGCGGUCAACCACUUGUCUCUGGAGGACGUCCUGCACGAAGACGCUGUGUCAGCCCUAAAGAACACGGGCGAGGUGGUCUACUUGAAGGUGGCCACACCUACCUCCCACUACAUCCACCCCUCGGAUCGAUUCAGCCCCCCCGACCUCACCAGCUCCUACAUGGAGCCGGACUACAUGUGCGAUUAUCCGCAAGCCCUCCCACCACCGUCACCACAGCGCUACUCGCCGCUCCACCGCGGCAUGAUGGGCGACGACGACUACGGCCGAGAGCCCCGCCGAGUAUGCGUGCAGCGUGGCGCCAGUGGUCUGGGCUUCAACAUCGUGGGCGGCGAGGACGGCGAAGGUAUCUUCAUCUCCUUCAUUCUCGCUGGAGGACCGGCGGAUCUCAGCGGAGAACUCCAGAAGGGAGAUCAGAUCCUCAGCGUGAAUGGCGUGGAUCUCAGGUACGCCACACACGAACAAGCCGCAGCCGCUCUGAAGAACGCUGGUCAAACGGUUACCAUAGUGACACAAUACCGACCUGAGGAAUAUGGCCGCUUCGAAGCAAAGAUCCACGACCUCCGCGAACAGAUGAUGAUCAGCUCACCAGGAAGUCUGCGAGCCAGCCGCAGCUUCUACGUCAGGGCCUUGUUUGACUACGACAAGACGUGGGACUGCGGCGUCUUAUCACAAGCUCUGGACUUCAACUUUGGGGAGGUGCUUCACGUGAUUGACAGCGCAGAUGACGAGUGGUGGCAGGCCAGACGCGUGAACCAGCAGGGGGAGCUAGAGGAGCUAGGAUACAUCCCGUCCAAACACAGGGUGGAGAGGAAGGAGUGGUCCCGGAUGAAGAGUAAAGGUUUCGUUCAAAGCUACGAGCCAGUUACACAAACGGAAGUGGACUACGCCCGACCCGUCAUCAUCCUGGGGCCGACCAAAGACCGAGUCAACGACGACCUGCUAACCGACUUCCCGGACAAGUUCGGCUCAUGCGUCCCACGUAAGAACGCAGCAUGUCUCUGUGUCGGCGGCACAAGCGUGCGACUCAAGCGUCUUUCCGCAGAUACGACUCGCCCUCGCCGGGACUAUGAAGUGGACGGGCGGGACUACCACUUUGUGUCGUCGCGAGAACAGAUGGAGCGUGACAUCCAGUCGCAUCACUUCAUCGAGGCGGGACAGUACAACAACCACCUGUACGGCACGUCGGUACAGAGCGUCAGACAGGUGGCCCAGCAGGGCAAGCACUGCAUCCUGGAUGUGUCGGCCAACGCAGUGAGGAGGCUGCAGGCGGCUCAUCUCCAUCCCAUCGCCAUCUUCAUCAGACCACGAUCUCUUGAGAACGUCCUCGACCUGAACAAGCGCCUGUCCGAGGAUCAAGCCAGGAAAGUUCUGGAUCGAGCCAUUAAAAUGGAGCAGGACUUCCUUGAGUGUUUCACCGCCAUCGUGCACGGGGACACAUUCGAGGAGGUCUACCACCAGGUCAAAGUGGUCAUCGAAGAGCAGAGUGGUCCGUACAUUUGGGUGGUGACUCGUGAGAGGCUCUGAUUGGUCAGCUGAGGUCCCUUCCUGUGCACAUAUUGUUGUUUUUGUGAGUGUGUAUCCAUGGCAAUGCAGGAGUGGGCAUGUGUGAUCAGAUCCAUAUCAUCACACAUGUACAAUUUAGCUAACAUGUUUAUAUUAACCUAUUUAAUUAUUUAUGGAUUAAUUUGAUUGUGCUGUACACGGUGUGUGUGUGUGUGUGCGUGCGUGCGUGCGUGUGUGUGUGUGACUGUAAAUAGAAAUAUGGGGCUUAAAAAAACACACACACACACACACACACAUGCACAAUGAAUUCAGGGCUUUCACUUCACGCGAUGCUUUGCUUUGACCACCACAAACAUGAUCAUAUCCCGAUCACAUGACCAGUGGGUUGGGGGCCGGGGCUUUGACGAAGCCUCCCUUCCCUUCAUGUCUGGACUUCACCUCCCACAAUUCCUUUGUACAGCAACAACACUGUGGUCAUGACUUGGCUCCACCUUUUGAGCUAAUGCUAACUGCUAAUGACUUCCCAUGAUUCCCUUCUGCUGAGUCGGUGUGAGCCAAUGACAUUUGAGUGAAUUGAGUAAAUCUUGAAAUAAAUCACUAAUAAAGAA